CAACUUCCUCACAACUUAACUGCAUAACAAUCUCAACAUCUAUACACACAUUUCACACACUACAUACAUAAUCAAUCUCAACAUUCUUCGAUGGAGAGGGUUACGAGUAUGGUGUCCGAGAGGUUGGUAGUGAUCUUUAGCAAGACUAAUUGCUGCAUUAGCCACACUGUCAAGUCACUCUUGCAUGAUUUUGGAGUUAAUCCUGUUGUUUACGAGCUUGAUGAGAUCCCUAGAGGCCGUGAGAUCGAGACUGCGCUGGCAAUGCUGGGCCGCAAUCCGGUGGUGCCAGCCGUGUUUAUUGGUGGUGAACUUGUGGGAGGAGCCAAUGAAGUCAUGACUCUUCACCUCCAACGUAACUUAAGGCCUAUGCUUACCCGAGCCGGAGCUAUGUGGGUUUAAUUUCAUUGUAAAAACCAACAUUAAUACUUUACUCUCAUAAUACUAUGUUGAGUAAUGAUUAUAUAAAUCCAGCACUGAUUCUAAAUAA